AUGGGGAAACCGAGGCGAGAAAUUAUGUUCGACACGAUUGACAUAAGCAAGAUUGCAUGCCGGGACAGGGCUGGAGAGCGCGGCACUGAUAUCGCAGACACCAUGAAAAUGUUUGCUGAUAUGCAGAGGCGGAGGCCGGGAUUCCACCCUGUGGAAGAGACAGAGAACAAUGUAGUGCGCAGCCUGUUCUGGACAGAUUCCUUGUGUAAGAUGAAUUAUGAUCUAUAUGGAGAUUUCGUGUCUUUUGACACCACGUUCUCCACGAAUAUAUAUGGCUUGCCAUUUACACCAAUUAUAGGUGUCGACAACCACAGGUCGACCGUCCUGUUUGGAGUAGGCCUUUUGAAGGAUGAGAAAAUAGGGUCAUUCAAGUGGCUCCUAAGCACGUUUGUCGAGGCAAUGGGAGGUAAAGAGCCGAAAUACAUAAUAACAGACCAGGACCAGGCGAUGAAGACUGCAAUAAAGGAAGCUCUUCCGAGGACGAGGCACAGGUUCUGCUGGUGGCAUAUUAGGAAGAACCUGAAGGAAAAUAACGCAGCAGUGUUUGCGCAGCACCCAGGGAUGUCUGAUGAUAUAUUUCGAAUAGUCAAAAACUCACUAGAUCAAGACGAGUUUGAGUGUGCCUGGAAAGCAGCAAUUUCUCUGUACAAGGCGGAAGGCAACAAACACCUGAACACGCUAUGGGAACUCCGAAAUUUUUGGGUGCCGGCCUACUUCAAGGACUGUUUCUAUCCUUUCUCGUCAACAACCACUCACAGUGAGAGCACGAAUUCGAUGUGGAAGAAUUACGUCGACCACAAGGACACUAUAAAAAGGUUUGUUAAUGUGUAUCACAUGAUUCAGCAAAAUUGCCUCGCCACGCUUGACAAGAAAAGACACCGAACAGAAGAGAAGGCGCCAUCACUAGAGACGGGUUUUCCGAUUGAAAGACAAGCAAGUCAAGUAUACACGAAUGAAAUUUUCAGGAAAUUCCAGCCGGAGCUACGGAACCGGACUUACUUCAAGUGCUCUGACCUGGCAAAGGGGAGGCAGUAUUUUUUUAAAAAGAUUAUUGAGCCUGGAGAAAAAGUGUGGAAACCAUAUCCGGGCGAGGAAUUUGACAGGUCUGAGUUCAGGGUAGAUGUGGAUGAGCAAAAAGAAAUAUACAGUUGCACCUGCAAGAAAAUGAGUAGGGAUGGCAUUCAGUGCUGCCAUGUGCUUAAGGUGAUGGACCAAACAGGCAUGAUCAAUCAACUUCCAAAAUCUUUUGUCAUCCCCAGAUGGACCAGGAAUCUAUCAGAGAGUCUGAAAGUUCUGUCUACAAGUCAAGGUGAUAGCAUGACCAUACAAGACGAUGAAACUAUGAGAUUCGGCCUCGCUUACGCUGAGUUGUCGGAUAUUUGUUCAAAUGCUUGCAGAAAAGAGAAGGCAUACCGUGUGCUGCGUGAGUGUACGGAAGAUAUGAAAAUAAAAGUCAUGGCGGCACUUGCCGAGGAACCAGACACAAGCAUUCUUGCCGAAACACUCAAGAACCCUCCCAUGAGUGGCUCAAAGGGUACGAAAAAAGGAGAUCGAAUCAAAGCUGGUUCUGAGAAGAAAGGAAAAUGCAACAAAGCCGCAUCCAAGUGCGGCCGUUGUGGAGUAAAGGGUCACAGGAAAACAAACUGCCCGGAUAACCCAGAAGUCCAGGAGAGGAUGAGGAUUGAAGAGGAAAAGAGGAAAUCGCAGCAGGAGAAGAGGGCAAGUCUUCCGGAAUCCAUUCUGUCCGGGCAUGCUGGCUCGGUUAGCCGCCUCUCUAUUCCGGUGUGCUACCUACAGUGCAGGCCCUCCACCGUUGAUGCCUGGCUCCAAUCCUGGAAGUUGAACAAUAUCCAGGUUCUUGAGUUCUACUACCUCUUCCCAGAAUUUCUGACGCAAGAGAGUCAGGACUUGGAGGUAGAGUGGUGCUUCUCGGAUGUACCUGCCAUACACACUGAGGAGCUGCAGUUGAGCCUUGCACUGAUGGAGCUGCAUUUGAGGCGCUGCACUGCUUCUGGUCCUCGUACUGUGGUUAUAAAAAACGGCUUGUAA